GCCAUGUUAGGAUUUCCCUGGAAACGGCUACAUGGAUGGUGAAGGAAUACAUUUCUCUCAGGAAAUAUCGGAUAAAAGCGCAGGUUCUCCUGAAAAUAAGCGCUACAUUCGUGUUCGUGGAGGUAAAAUGACAACAGAGGAUGCCAAGGCCUAUUUGGCCAAGCGGGAAGUGCCCCAGCUUUUUGAGUGCCUGAUGACAGGUCUCAUGUACCACCGUCCAAAAGAUCACAUCACAUAUCUCCGGGAAUGCCUGGACAAGAUCCGAUCAAAGGGCCUUGACCACGUCCGUUGGAACCUGUUUGUUGAGCAGAGGAGGAAGACGCCUUUGCCACCCAUAUCGCCACAGAAUGGCUCACGGCCACAGUCUGCACAAUCUUAUUAUUCCAGAGGCUCCUCAAAAGCUGACCUGCGGAGCCAAGAGCCUCUUCCUCCCAUCGGGACCAUAAUGAAGGGCCAAACCGACGGGGAAGCUAUCAAAAUUGGAGAUACCGUUAUUCCAAAUGUGCCAUUUGUAUUUUUCAUGGGUGGACCAGGCAGUGGAAAAGGAACACAGUGCAAGCGACUCGUUGAGCGGUACACCAACUGGGUCCAUCUGUCGAUGGGCGACCUCCUGCGACAGCAGGUCUCCGAGCAAGGGUCAUCUGAUGCAAAGUGGGGCAUGAUCAGUGACCUGCUCGUGAAGGGAGAUAUGGCACCAGAGGAUGUGACAAUAGACCUGAUCACUGACAACCUGAAGAAACAUCCAAAUGCUGGAGGGUUUAUCAUUGAAGGCUACCCAAGGACGAUGGACCAGCUCAAAGAAUACCAAACCCAGGUUGGGAAAGUCGACUUGGUUUUCCUCCUCGAUUGUGAGGAAUAUUUCCUCCAGUCUCGCCUGGUUGCGCGCGGGAAGCAGGAGGGGCGGAUUGAUGACAACCUCGCGGCUGUCGCCAGUAAAAUCAACUUCUUCAAGGAGAAUACGUUACCAGUUGUCAAGUCAUUAGACGAUGAGGGAAAGCUGGUCCUGGUUGACGGUGACCGAGACACUGAGGAAAUCUGCUUCGAACUUGCACGUGCUUUUGAUUCAAUAUUCUUCAACACAGGCGACGGAAAGCCAAUAUUACCGACAGCCCCAACAUUGGAUGGACCCCCCAUCCCCAGACCACCCUCUGGCAGAAAAAGCCCUGGUUCACGUCACAGCAGCCGUGCGAGUAGUGCCGGAAGUCAAGCCUCGUUUGCCGCGAUCACUCACAUUGACGACAUCGUUCUUGAGUGUGCUGAUGAUGGACGAAAGCUUGAUCUGCCACAGUGUCCUAUCAUCUUAAUAAUGGGUGGACCUGGCAGUGGCAAACUGACACAGUGCAAAAGAUUAGUGGAGCGGUAUGAAGGAAUAGUCCACUUGUCUAUGGGAGACAUCCUGAGGUCGGAGAUCGUUGCCAAGGGAACUGGCGAGGACAAAUGGAACUUGGUGGGAAAUUUAGUGCAGAAGGGUGAAAUGGCUCCAGAGGAGGUGACAGCAGACCUACUCCUUUCUUCAAUAAGACAGCACGCAGAUGCCAAGGCAAUCUUAUUAGAAGGUUUCCCCAGAGACGGAAAACAGGUGGACGAAAUCAACAGACACGUUGGUGGGAUCAGCCUUGCAGUCCUGAUAGACUGCGAGGAGUAUUACCUGAAGCUACGGUUGAUUAAUCGACAGCGAGAGAGCGACAGAAUUGAUGAUAACCUCAACGCCAUCGCUAGCAGGAUCACUUUCUUCAAAAACUGCACGCUGCCAGUUGUCAAACAUUACGACGAAGAUGGAAAAUUAGUUAUAAUUAACGGUGACCGAGACGCAGACGAAGUCUUCUUCGACAUGGCAUCUUUAUUUGACCACAUGUUCUUCGGGGCACCUUUGGAAAAUGGUUCAGUAGAAGGGGAAGUCGUAGAGGACAUCAUUGUGGAAGAAAGCGCUGUGCUUUUGGGUAAUGAUUCAGGCAGACAGCUGGAUGAAAUUUUAAGUUCUCAAGAAGGUGCACCUGUAGAGGAUGCGAUCGUGGCAGAAGAAGCCGAGGAGACGGGAGGUGGCGGUGGCAACCCAGAUUACGCAGAACACUUAGAACAGCAAGACGACACAAACAACACAGGAAACAAGGAAACCAAUACACCAAACGCAGAGUUAACCUUAGAUGAGGCAAAUGAUAGGAACACUGUUUCUAGUACAGAGGUGAGAGUGGAAGUUCCAACCAAUGAAGCUGAUGUUGAGGCAGUUGCUACAGUAAUGGAGGCAGACACGAUACCAGAAUCUGGGAAUGAUGUUUCAAAGGGAGACGAAACUGCUGAGAAAGAACCUGAGGCUGCCCCAGAGGUUGCGACUGAGACUGGUGAGAAAACAGCAGAGGUUGUCGCUGAAACUUUAGCCGAGGCUGUUGAAAUAGUAACAGAGACUGACAAAGGGGAAACAGAGGCUGCCAAGAGUGGCGAUUCUGAGGCUGCAAAGGAUGCAGCACCGGCAGAUUCUGGGGUACAGGAGGUUGGGGAUGCGGCUGAUGAAGAGAAGACUGAGGCCGAUGUCAGUGCUGAAAAUGGCGAAGUGAUGGAAACUACUGAAGUAGUUGAGGCGGGAAACAAAGGAUCAGACGAACAGAAUGGAUCGGUUGCUGAAGCUGAAAUCUUAGAAAAUAAUGAUGCAACUACAGUAAACAAGGCUGCAGAAGAGAAAACUAUAGAAAAUGACCAGAUUCCUGAAACUACAGAAAAAGUUGAAAGUGCUGAAGCCGUCGCAACUGAACUUGAUGAGGCAGAGGCAGAAGCUAAACCAACGCUAAAAGAAGAUGGUGAUGAGGAACCAACUCCUCAGCAGACCCAACAAGAUUAUUCCUCCCCUCCAAGACCUGCGUCAGACGCAUCUCAUAAAUCUGGGGAGAAAUCCUCCAGAGGGGGUAGCAAACGUGGCUCUGUAUCUAGCGAAAAGGGCUCUCUUCAGGCCAGCCAGCAUAGCUCGCCAAAGGGGUCCAAACCAGGGUCACCACAGAGCAAGGCAGAUUCGCCCAAACCACAGAGCAGGGAAAGCUCUGCUGGUAGCAACCACGGCUCGCCCAAACCACAGAGCAGGGAAAGCUCUGCUGGUAGCAAGCAUGGCUCCCCCAAACCACAGAGCAGGGAAAGCUCUGCUGGUAGCAAGCACGGCUCCCCCAAACCUCACAGCAGGGAAAGCUCUGCUGGGAGUAAGCAUGGUUCUCAGAAAUCUGGGUCUGGGGGGAAGGAAUAAAGCAAUCUUGUUCUGUUAAGGUUCUGAAGCUGAUGUCAGGGUGAAGCCUAAUAAGAACACAACGACAACCCAGGCCAAGUCGCCAACACAAUGUAAACACGAAGCAACAAUUUUACUCUCAAAAGGACAUCUACUGUAAUGCCAAAAGCUUCAUAUUUGGGAUUAUGUGAAAACAUUGCUACUGUAAGAUGCUGUGCCGCUUAGAAAAAAGAAGCUACGAAGGCAAUGAAUUGUGCUAAUAACCUGUUAUGGAUGGACUUCAUUGUAACUGUGUUCUCAUAAGGGGAUGGCCAAAGUGUAGCAACCAAUUUCCAUGUUAUACGGCAUUUUGAGACAUCAUGUCUACAUACAGGAAAAUCCUUCCAGCUGCUUUUGCAGAAUUUGAUUCUUCCAAAAGUGACAGUCUUGAUGAAAACUUUCUCAAAGGUUCCAAAAUAAGAUGCAAGUUUCUUUCCAGUCAUCUUGCUGUUCUAUCCGUCUGUAAAUACAUCUGUUGUUGUUCUGUUUAUGAAUCAGUUUUGUUGUUCCCAGUGGGUGGGAACAAAAUAAUGGAAAUGAAAACUAUUCAGGGCUCCCUUCGAUGCGGGUGUACAAUAUUUCAUGUGGGGCAGUACGUACCAUUUAUGGUACUGAUUAUGUUUUGAAUAUUAACUUGUUGACUUUACACUUUUUGUAGUUUUGUGUAGUAUAAAUAUCUUGUAUGUUCACCACUGAGAACUUGAUGAAAUAGCUCUGUGCUUUUAAACGAAAUUUUGUAUGUAAUCGGUCUACUUCAUCAAGUUGAGCUGGUCAGGAUUUUAUUAUGUACUCCUUUCAUGUAAAUUUUGUAUAGCAAUAGAUUGUCUGUGAUAAAGUAAUUUACAUAAAAGGAAAAUUUAUCAAAUACAAUGUAGAGUUUCUAGUUCUUCAGGCCAGGUAUCAGUUUCUAAUGUUGCUUUCUAAAAAAUUGUUCAGAUGACUAGAUUCAUUGGACUGCAAGUACAUGUACACGUACCUGUGCAUGUACAUCUACAUGUACAUGUACAUGUACCUGUGCAUGUGCCUGUGCAUGAAAAUGUUGUGGUUGCAAUACAGCAAUAGCCAGAGCAAAAUACGAAACCCAUGACAAUAUUUUGUGAAUCAAUGUCAUUCAGUCAACACUAUGGAUUUGGAGUGUCCAUUUUGAAUUCUGAAACCUAACGCCUGUUUUCCGUCCAUGCACUAUACAUAGUUCAUCCAUGUCAAAUGGAUGAUAACUCGAAAACCAGCAUGGUUGUAUUGUUUUCUAUAUAUUUGGGCGACAGUCUUGAAGGACAUCUGGUGUAGAAUAAAUUUGCUAUGUACACACUGAGCAAAAGCUUGUACUUCACUUGGAAAUAAAAAUUAUGCCAAAUCUAAUUA